GACAUUAGCCAAUUGUUGAUUGGUUGCAUCUGCAUAGUCAAGGGGUCCAGGCUGCUGGUGACGGUCAUUGCACUUGGAAGGGACAGGCUUCCAUGGCAGAAAUGGGCAUGCUUGGCUUAUGAAACUACUUUUUCCCCAUUCCACAAAUGUUCACACCUAAAAAAGGAGAUUCUCGACUUCUGAGGGAAGCUGAGAUCUCCCAGGCCAAGAAGAACGACCUGAGGACUCUAUUGCUGAAGGCCAUUAAACUCCUUUAGAUAAAUUCAGAGGGGAAAUCUGAGAUCAGUACAGCUGUUGUGUCUAUGAUAGCUUAGGUUAAAUCAUUGGAAAGAUUCAGGGUACUAAGCACUUCUUUAGCAUUCAACUCUUGGUCCUUUUCAUUGUGAGUUCCUUGUUCCUGCAAAGCUGGCUGGGGUCAGCAUAGUGGGUCAAAAAAAAUCCCUCAGUGAGAGAGGUUGGGUUUCCCCAAUCUCCAUCUCAAACCAUGUCAUUGAUGACUUAAACAUGUCACCAGAUACUCAAGAUACAGAAGGUAGGUUCCACCCAUGGGAGAAUGACCCUCUGAAGAGAAGUUUAAAGUCAUCAUCAGAGCCGUUGGAGGGGACAUCUGAGAGUCAAGUGGGUGAUGUUUCACGAGAUUCUGUCAUGCCUCCAGUCCAGAAGAGGAAGCUAGAUCCACUUCCAAAAAAGCAUAGACAUCUUAGGAAGGUCGUAAGGACAAAGAGAAAGAGAAAGAGAAAGAGCAAGAGGAAAGAGAAAGUGGAGACCCACCACCCUGGUAUUCUUCCAGCAUCUUUAGUUAGACCACAAAAUGAAGAAGAUGAGGUGGUAGAUAACAAGCUGACCCUACUCAGUGCCAAGGAAGAUGGUCCUGACCUUCCCAACAAGGAGAGAUUGCAGAGUCAGCAGGAUGAAGACACCUGUGUGAUGCAUCAGGAAUAUCCGAUCCAGCCCUGUGAGCUCUCAGUGUCCCAGGAGCUCAGGCCCUCUUCUCCUGCAGAGACAUCCUUGGCAUCACCACCACUCUGCUUUGGUCGUUUUAUAAGCUGUGUCUGCCAGACCUUCUCAAGGUCCAGGAAGAGGAAAUCUGGAAGAGAGAGCACCAAGCAGGCUGAGGGAGGAGGUGAUGCAAAGGGUCCAAGACCUGGUCUUCUGAGGGUUCUGGGCAAAAACAGAGUAGAGCCUCACUAAAGCCUGUAGCAAGUUGUAAUUGCUUUAGGUUUCUCUUGUGUUUAGUUUUAUAGUUUUCUCCAUGUUAUUGUUCCUUUCAGUUGAAUUCUGGUCUGUCAAAGAGAAAGCUGUUUUUAAGCUGAGAUCCUCAAGCCUAAAGAGGUAUAAAGUCAAAGUAACUUUGAGGCUUUUAGUACUAUGCCCAGUAGUAAGAGUGUGCUUCCUACUUCUUCCCAUUAGACUGAAGUGGAAUUCACUCUGGAGCAGUGGUUCCCCAAAUUCAUGCAUAUUUCAUGCAUGUAUUUAGUGGGCUUAAUUUUCGCUAACUUCUCUGAGCAUGGAAGCCAUACAAUUUCAUCAUUUUGAGAUAUGUCUCCUGAUGUUGACCCCCAAGCGGAGACUUCUCAUGUUCAACCCCUCUCAUUCUUUUUUCACCUUUGGCUAGAGAUUCAUUUUGCAUUCUUUAUUUUCAGUACUUUGUUGAAAUUCUCCCCCUUUUGACCUGGUGUGGCUGUUUCUCCAUGGGGGUUGUUAUUACUGUUCUUGGACAGGAUGCCAUUGCCAGCUCUCCCAUCUCCAAGAAUUGUUCUGUUUCCUUCUGGUUACUUGUUAGUAAGAUCCCUGGCUUCUGAGUGUGCCUCUGCUGUUUUUUCUGUGUGGAAAACAUAAGUCACACUAGGUAAUGCUCCUUCCUUAUCAUUCUUUAGCCAGACUCUCACAGAAUCCUGAGUUCUGAGAACCCUAAACACAGUAAGUGCUUUAAAAAAGAUGUCAAGAUCAUUCCAUUUCCCCCUUGUCCUUGCAUGCUAGGUUAAUCUUCUUCCCAGGAUAUAAAAUAAGAGUUUAAGAUAAUCUUAUACCUUCCUCUGAGGAGGAAGUAGGUUGAAGAAGAGUUUGUGAGUUUUUCUGUAGUUUUAGUUACCUGUUGUUAUUUCCACUUUCCCAGUUUCCUAAUUCAUAUAAGAUUAAUAAAUAAAAGUACAAAUAUCAA